AUGGAGGGCAAGAGGAUGCUCACUGGCACUACCACUUCGAUGGUGAUCAUGUGCGUGCUCAUCCUGAGCCUCACUGUCAACUCGGCCACCGCGGAAGACUGUGGCUGCUGCUCAAGCUCCCGAGCAAAAGCAUGCUGUUUUGCUUGUAUUGCUGCGAGUGGCACCGACUCAGUCUGCAAGAACACUUGUUGUUUCCCUUGUUUUGGUGAUUCUGUUGCAAUAACAACAAUUUGGAGUUGUAUUUUGGUAGACGCACCAGUGGUGCCGACGGCUGUGGCCCCGGCGAUGGGCGUCCCCUUCACCGAGAAAGACCUCGCCUCGGAAGAGAACCUGUGGGGCCUCUACGGGACGUGGAAGAGCCACUACACGGUGUCACCGAGGGGGCUCGGCGCCGAAAUGGAGGCCCGCCGCUUCAACGUGUUCAAGGAGAACGUGCGGUACAUCCACGAGGCCAACAUGAAGGACAGGCCCUUCAGGCUGGCGCUCAACAAGUUCGCCGACAUGACCACCGACGAGUUCCGCCGCACGUACGCCGGGUCCAGGGUGCGGCACCACCGCUCCCUGAGCGGCGGACGCCAGGGCGACGGGAGCUUCAUGUACUCGGACGCCGAGAAACUGCCGGCGGCUGUGGACUGGCGGCAAAAGGGCGCCGUGACAGCCAUCAAGGACCAAGGCGACCAGUGUGGGAGCUGCUGGGCGUUCUCCACGAUCGCGGCGGUGGAAGGCAUCAACAAGAUCAGGACGGGGAACCUUGUCUCGCUAUCGGAGCAGGAGCUCUUGGACUGUGAUAACGUCAACAACAAUGGGUGCCACGGCGGGCUCAUGGACAACGCAUUCCAGUUCAUCAAGAAAAACGGAGGCAUCACCACCGAGUCCAGCUAUCCGUAUCAAGGCGAGCAGAACAGCUGUGACCAGUCAAAGGAAAACCCUCAUCAUGUUUCAAUCGAUGGCUACGAGCAUGUCCCUGCGAAUGACGAGUCUGCUCUGCAGAAAGCCGUGGCGAACCAGCCCGUGUCCGUUGCAAUAGACGCCAGCAGCAAUGAUUUCAAGUUCUACUCCGAGGGCGUCUUCAGCGUAGGUUGUGGCACGGAUCUCGAUCAUGGUGUGGCCGCUGUUGGGUACGGUACUACUCGAGAUAAGACGAAAUACUGGAUCGUGAAGAACUCAUGGGGAGAGAACUGGGGUGAAAAGGGCUACAUAAGGAUGCAGCGCGGUGUGUCGCAAGCAGAGGGUUUGUGUGGUAUCGCCAUGCAGGCGUCUUACCCAACCAAGUCGGCACCACAUGCGACGAUGAGGGAUGUGGCUCUUACUGAUGAGCUCUAA